CUAAGGAGGUGUCUCAGAAAAAGUAGACCACUUCAAAAAUGGACUACGAAAACAUAAUGAAAAUAGCAGAAGCCCUAAAUGCCAAGAAAAAGAGCGAAGAGAGGAAACUUAAGUCAAUACUUAAAAAGCCAGGAUCUACUAAGAAGAGAAUGAAAAAGGAAGGCUUUAAAAUGGGAUUGUCAGGAAAUAGUAGGAUUAGAGAGAUCUUAAAGAUAAAAGAUAUUGCUUCAACCUUGCUGUCCACUCAAAAACAUGGAGAUCUAGCUGCUAAGAUCAGCCAACUGAACAAUCUCUCUACAGAAAUGGAAAAACAAUGGCAAAAUACUCAAGAUUUAGGGUUAUCCCCUUCCCAGCCCCUUGAAGAUCGCAAAAUUCUCUACUUCACUCCCUUCAUUAAAGACUUCAAAUCCCAGCCAGAACACCACCUAACCACCAUCUGCCACAAAAAACUCGCUUCACUGAUCCAGUCCCUUCUCCUCCCCUCUCCCACCUCCCACUCCUACACCCUCAAACCCCCUCUCUCCUCCCUCCUCCACACCCCCACCGCCACACGCGACGAGCUCAUCUCCACCCUCACGCACCUCCUCACCACUAAAUCCACCUACAUCCCCGAGUCCAAUAGUUAUGUGGUGGAGGGGGAAUUGAGAGGGGUGUUAGGAGUGGGGUGUGUGAAGCCGAGUGAGAUUUUUGGAUUGGUGGAGAGAUUUUUAGAGUAAUUUUUGAUUUUGGAUUUUUG